AUGCGCCUCAUUGUCGGCGCCCCAAGAUGGACUAGGAUCUGGACCCUCCAGGCAGAGACCAACAUCCCCCCCCUGGAAACACGACUGAAAGCUAACAGACCCACCACACGAAGACUACACAUCACCACCGCCAAGGCGAAGCUUAGCUGGACGGAGCUGUCAGCGCUAGCCAAUAAAACACGGCACUCAGCGCCCUCCAAAGGUGCUGACGUGUACUACACGGACGGCUCAGUUGAUCCCCAAACCAGCGCCUCAGCAUCAGCUUUCACCCAUGAAGACGAAACAGCUCUCUUCCGGCUUCGUAAUGGCUCGUCAACUUUGCAAACAGAGCUUCUAGCUAUACUGAAAGCACUCCAACACGCAGAACCACGACAAAAGCCAGUCACCAUCCACACAGACUCUCUGGGAUGCAUCCAAGCGCUGACUAGAGGGACACCAAGAGACAAUGUGGGCCUGAUCUCUUCCAUCCUGGUCACGGCCAGACGCAUCCAGGCAAAUGGAAGGACCGUACAGGUCAAUUGGAUUCCCAGUCACUCCGGCAUCCCAGGAAAUGAGGAGGCUGACACUGCUGCAAAAAAUGCCCUGAAACUAUCCACUGUUACCGCGCAAAUACCACCAAGUCUCUCCAGCCUGAAGAACAGCAUAAAAACGGUAACUAGCCAGGAAGCGAAGAACAACAUCAGAAGAUGGGCCAGCGUGGGGUCACCAAGUGCCUCCUGGUACCUCCAUGCAUCACAGAAUCCCAGCCCACUUCCACGACAACUGGACAGGAGGACAAGAACUAACAUGCACAGACUCCGUCUAGGAUACAAAUGCUUUAAUGAAAUCACAAACACACCUGACACUUGCCCACACUGCAACACCCAGACCAUGUCGCCCCUCCUACACUAUGUUGAGGAAUGUCCAGAGUCAGAGACACUUCUCAACAGAAACCUAGGCACGGCUCCUGAAAUACUGAAGCACACACCCCAAGACACACUCAUAGAACUGGUACGGACGUACCCGCCACCACGCUGA